AUGGAUCUAUUGCUUUUGUCACCACCAAAACCUGAGCAAACCGAACAAUUGCGGCAUGUAGCUGCAGGCACUAUUGCAGAUCCUUACCAGCUCGCUAAGGAUCUACAAUUAUCCGACGAUUCUGAUUCCGAAGAAAGCUUUUCUGUGGGAAAACCAGAGCAAGCCGUAAAGAGUAGCUUUUGCCUAUUCAAGGAUAUGCCAUUAUUAGGUGAUUCAACUGGACAACCUUCAGCGGCAGUUAACAACCAACAAUCAUGGAAUGAGCAUUUGGAUAGCAAUGGACAAAGGAUUGCCCGAAAAGGGGAGGAUAGGGAGAAUCAUCUGGUAGAUGAUCUUCAGCUGUCGGAUGAUUCCGAUUUUGAGGACGUCCCGACGAAACCGAACCACGUCAGUGAUCUUCUGUCACCGUUAAAUCCAGGCACCGAAAGGAAGACUGCUUCUACAUGGGGAGCAAACGAGGAACAAAGGAUUGCCCGAAAAGGAGAGAAUCAUCUGGCAGAUGAUCUUCAGCUGUCGGAUGAUUCCGAUUUUGAGGACGUCCCGACGAAACCGAACCAAGUCAGUGAUCUUAUGUCACCGUUAAAUCCAGGCACCGAAAGGAAGACUGCUUCUACAUGGGGAGCAAACGAGGAACAAAGGAUUGCCCGAAAAGGAGAGAAUCAUCUGGCAGAUGAUCUUCAGCUGUCGGAUGAUUCCGAUUUUGAGGAUGUCCCGACGAAACCGAACCAAGUCAGUGAUCUUCUGUUACCGUUAAAUCCGGGCACCGAAAGGAAGACUGCUUCUACAUGGGGAGCAGCCGAGGAAGACGUCCCGAAACAAGUUGGUAGCUGUCUUCCAAAUUUUCAAUUCAAUGGACAAAGGAUUGCCCGAAAAGGGGAGGAUAAUUUUAGGUCCUAUCAGCUAGCGGAUGAUCUUCAGCUAUCGGAUGAUUCCGAUUUUGAGGACGUCCCAACAAGUCAGCAAUUGUGUGAUCUUCUGCCGCGGUUAAAUCCAGGCACCGAAUGGACUGCUGCUUCUACACGGGGAUCAAACGAUGAAGACGUCCCGAAGCAAGUUGGUAGCUGUCUUCCCACUUUGCAACAAUUCAAUGGAAUUGUCCCUGGAAAUGGUUCGUAUUCACUUCUAAAUGAUCUGGAACUUUCGGAGGAUUCUGAUUCUGAUAGCGACUUCGGUGCAGUACAGCCCGAGCAAGUAAGUUCAUUUCACAGCAACCAGGUAGAACAUGAGCCUGUAUUGAAUAUUGGAGACCCUUUGCAUGCUCCGAUAAAACGUAUGCCAGAGGAAUUUGUUGAGGUGAAACCACAAAGUAAACGAGACCCAGAAGGUUUGCCUCGGUCGGAUUCAUUUAGAAGGAGCAUUGGAAUGUCGGAUGUAGUUGUAAUUCAGCCCUCGGGGCCAUUAGCAUUGCAACAUGGUCAAAAGAUAGACAUUAUUUCCAACGAAUUGGUGAAACCAGCAGUGGAUUCUACCGUAAAAUUGGCUCCAGCAGGUGAUUCAAAAGCCGAUGGAAAGACGAUAGAAAGGAAUUCUUUACAUCGAAUCCAAGGUGAGAAACAGAGAAGCAAAGGGUUGUCAAGACAUGCGGUCACUGUAGAUAGUGCAGGCCGCAAUCCGCAAAAAGUGAGAACUACACCAAUUAGCGAAAUCUACAAUGGAAGACAAACUACGAAACCAAUGAAGGUUGCAGCGAUUCUGCCAAGUGGCUCUAGACCAGAACAAAAGUCGUCUGCUCCAUCAUUAGAUCCUCUCCCAGAGAAUUACACCUUACCAGUAGCAAGAAAGGUGCGGACCAGUACCUUUACGAAAAAAGACAUUGAAAAUCAGAUUUCCCGUGGGAAGGAACUGUUGCAAAAGGCAAGCGAUAGCAACUGCGAAGAUGAAGGUAAUGGUAAAAAAAUAUUGAGCUCCGGGUUACCUACGAAAAAGACUACCGCAAAUAUGUCUGUAGGACCUGAACGAAACAAGCAGGAGAUCUCCAAGGAAAUUGACAAAUCAAUGGUUGAUUCUAAGGAGAUAAAUCAACAAAUAACUAAAGGCAGCAAAACUGAUGAGCAUGAGAGAAGGACUCCAAAAGGUUCCGAAAUGGAAGGCCUCAUUUCUCGUGGGAAGGAAAACAAGCGCAACUCCGCAAAUCAAUCAACCAAGCAUAGUACUUCUAAACGGAAAGGUGGCCCAUCUAACGAGGGUAUCAUUCAGAUUUCUGAAGCAUAUCAAAAGAAACAAGCGAUCACAAAUGAAACGGGAAAAUCUUCGGAUUUUAUAAAUAAAACCGAAGCAAAUGGAGAUGGCACGCAUCAGAAGUUAUUGCAUAAGAUGGACGUACCAAAACCACAUAAACGUAAUGACAAAGCCAUGUUGAGACGUACAAAAAAGAGCCCAGACGUAGUCCACAAUAAGAAUGAGGGCCGAAAAGGCGAAGCGCAUCACCAGUUAUUGCAUAAGAUGGACGAACCGAAACCACAUAAGCGUAAUGCCAAAGAAAUGUUGGACUCAAGAUCGCCCACCGACAAGGACGAAAAGUCUGCAAAUAGAGACGGCAAAACUGACAGACGUACAAAAAAGAGCGCAGACGUAGUCCAUAAUAAGAAUGAGGGCCGAAAAGACGAAGCGCAUCACCAGUUAUUGCAUAAGAUGGACGAACCAAAACCACACAAAGAAAUGUUGGGCUCAAGGUCGUCUACCGACAAGGACGAAAAGCCUGCAAACAGAGACGGCAAAACUGGCAGACGUACAAAAAAGAACCUAGACGUAGUCCAUAAUAAGAAUGAGGGCAGAAAAGACGAGGCGCAUAAGAUGGAGGAACCAAAACCGAAUAAACGUAAUGCAAAAGAAAUGUUGGGCUCGAGGUGGUCUAUUGGAAAGGACGAGAAGUCUGAAGGAAAUUUUACUCAAGAGACAGAACCACCUCGAAAGAAGCACAAGAUCGCAAACGAAAGUAAAAAACCAACGUCGGAUUCUCAAAUGAGAAUCAGUGAAGAUAGCACGACCGAUAAGCACGAGCGAAAGUCCUCAAAAGGAUCCCACAGUGAAAAUAAGGAUAGAAGAAUAGAGGCACCUCAUCCUCAAUUUAAAGAGAUGCCCUCUCCAAAAAUCGAUGGCAAAUCUCUGAAAAAAAAAGAAACCGCUAAUGCUCCGGCGAUCAACAAAGAUUUCAUACAGGAUCCUGGGGUCAAGAAUCUCAGCGAUAUCGAUAAGUUCAAAAUUCUGCGCCAGGAAUAUAUCGUACUCAUGGAGUUACUAAAGAAACCUGCCAAUUUAGUGGUCGAGUUGAAAAGCGUGCUAGAUCAAAAAAAGAAAUCUGGCACAGCAAAGGAAGUGAUGGCACUAAAAGAGACAAUCCUAGUUGUGGGAAGAGAACUAAGGUCGGAAAGUUUUCAAAGCCAGAAAAGGAAACUGAAGCAAUUACGAGAUCAGUUGGAAUCAUUAAAACGAAUUAUUAGGAAUAAGAACAAAACUGGUACUCUCGAUUUUUAA